CAAUGUCAAAUGCAUCUCCAUAUAUUUCAUUAUAUAAACAGGCCAUCUACCCCUCCACAUCACAGGGGGGCAGUUUCUCUCGCUGCCAUACCAUACCACACUCACUGUCUCCGUCGCACGCCAAACCAGCACGCUAGGAUGCGCCGCGCCACCACCGUCAGGUGCCUGCUCGUCUGCGGCGCUCUUCUCCUGCUUCUCCGUACAACCCCGGCCGUAGCAUGGCGUCCCUGGCCCCACCAGAGAACUGGCCACUCUGAUCUCAUCCUGGGCGGCUCCAAGAAAUACGAGGGCUCGUCGGAGCUCGUCCACCUGAAGUACCACAUGGGCCCCAUCCUCACGGCCAACGUCACCGUCUACCCCAUCUGGUAUGGCACGUGGCGCAAGGCCCAGAAGAAGAUCAUCCGCGAGUUCAUCAGCUCGAUCUCGGCCCUCCGUCCCAAGCGCCCCUCGGUGUCCGGGUGGUGGAGGACCGUCCGGCUGUACACCGACCAGACCGGCGCGAACACGUCUCGCUCGGUCCGGCUCGGGGAGGAGAAGUCCGACCGGUUCUACUCCCACGGCAAGUCGCUGACGAGGCUCUCCGUGCAGUCCGUGAUAAAGAGCGCCGUCACGGCCCGCACGCGCCCGCUCGCGACCAACCCCAGGGGUGGGCUCUACCUGGUGCUGACGGCGGACGACGUGUACGUCCAGGAUUUCUGCGACAACGUGUGCGGGUUCCACUACUUCACGUUCCCUUCGAUCGUGGGGUUCACCCUCCCGUACGCGUGGGUGGGCAACAGCGCGAAGCUCUGCCCGGGCGUGUGCGCCUACCCGUUCGCCGUGCCGGAGUACAUGCCCGGGUGGAAGCCGCUGAAGCCGCCGAACGGCGACGUGGGGGUGGACGGGAUGGUGAGCGUGAUUGGCCACGAGAUCGCCGAGCUGGCGACGAACCCGCUGGUGAACGCCUGGUACGCCGGUCAGGACCCGAGCUUCCCUGUGGAGAUUGCGGACCUCUGCGAGGGCAUUUACGGAACUGGGGGCGGUGGGUCCUACACGGGGCAGAUGAUGGAGGGCCCGGAUGGGGACACGUACAACAUGAACGGGAACAGGAGGAGGUUCCUGGUCCAGUGGGUGUGGAACCAUGUGGUCGGAUAUUGCACUGGCCCUAAUGCGCUCGAUCAGUGAGCUUCCGUUAUAGUUAUACUUCAGCAUUUGCAGGUUUGCAGGUCGCCGAUGAAUGACCGAAUGGUUCGCCAAUUGUCGUUCGCUUGUUUACAAGAUAGUUUCUCCUAUCGAGAAGAGCUAUGAUCUUCUCCAUAAUCAACCUGGUCGGGACACUGCAGGGGACCCAUUUGCUUGUCCUUCUCUCGUUUUAAAUUUUAACGUUGGUCAUUUAGCUUAGUGUGGGGUUUGAGAGUCGAGGUUCUAUGAUGUCUCCCUCCUUGUCGUUUUGGGAGUGCCCAAGUGGAGCCGUUUUGGCUUUUGCCAAAUGCAUGAUUGCAUCGGGGGCACAAAUACAAAAUCGCAUGAAAUUUCCUACUAGAUGUAAACGAACGCCACUCCAUUUUUCGGUGGAAAAGUGUAACUUCAUCAUGGGUCCAAGAUCCCAUGAGUCCAAAA